AUGGCCUACGACCCACCCGACCCCGUAACCUACAUGGUCGGUAUAUCCGGCCCCUCCUCCAGCGGCAAAACAACCCUAGCCCGCCUUCUCCAUCGAAUCUUCAGUGGUGCCAGAGUUCACAUCGAAGGCGCGCCCCAGUAUGACCAACUACACACCUUCAUGAUCCAUGAAGAUGACUUCUACAAACCAGAUAAUAGAAUCCCCUACAUAACCCUCCCAUCCGGAACCAAAAUCCAAGACUGGGACACCCCCACCGCAAUAGACACAGACUGGCUCUCACUAGCCCUAUCUCACGCGCGCAUGAACGGCCGACUUCCCAACAGCAUCGCCAGCAAAGAAGAUCAAAACGUAUCCGGGCCCACCGGAGUCCCAGAAACCCUAAUCGCGGAACUUCGCCAACUCGUCGAGAAACAAUUAUCUUCCGUCCCGGCUUCUUACAAGAUGAGGCAAUCCAUUGCGUUUCUCGAGGGCUUUCUCCUUUUUGCACCGCCAAAAGAUCGACCUAGUAUUUGGGGUGAGGAACAUCCUUCCCAGUCUAUUCAUGAGCAAAUUAAUCUAUCGCUUUUCUUGCCCGCGCCUUAUACGGCUGUUAAAGCUAGGAGGGAGGGGAGGGAUGGGUAUGUUACUAUUGGUGGUGAUCAACCACCGCCCGGACCGGGGAAUGUGGUUUCUUCGAAUAUAUCUUCAGCGGGCUCGGGCUCGGGUUCGACACCGACUCCCAGUUCUAAGCCGGAAAUUGACCUCGACACCGCGGGAACGGAUUCGCCGCAGAAUUUCUGGGUCGAUCCGCCGGGAUAUGUGGAUGAUAUUGUUUGGCCGCGGUAUCUGGAGUAUCAUGAAUGGUUGCUUAUCCCCGUUGAUCAACGUGCGGCUGCUAAGGGGGAUUGGGUGCAGGCUUUUGGGGAGGGCGAGAAGUGUCAUACUGAUGUUGGUGUUCGGGUUGCGCCUGGGGAGGGGGCUGUUGGUAUGGAUGUUGUGCUGAGGUGGGCUGUUGAGGAGGUUUUGACAGCGUUGUUGAAGAAAUAUGAUCCUGGGCACCCUGCUAAGCCUCGUGUGACGCAUGAGCCUGGGUAUUGA